AAAAAAAUCAUAGAGAUGACGUGGUCAUUGUCCGGGGCGGUUCUUUAACUUUUCAGGAAAUGAGAGUGAAAACAAAACCACAGAUCUGCAACUUCACAAAUGAGACCUGCGCAUAGUCAUUUUCUAGCUGAAGUUGGGACAUAUUAAUCGGCAUAAAAAUAUAUAUAUAAAAAAUGGAAUCUGGUGCCUAUGGGGCCUCGCUGGCCGGAGGUGACUUCGAUUUUAUGAGCUUUAUUAAACAACCUCAAACCAUAGUCCGCAUCUUGAGCUGGAUCUUUUCCAUAGUGGUGUUUGCCACCAUCACUGGAGAAGGCUAUGUCAACCCUUCACUCCUGCCUGACACCAAAUGCAUGUUCAACAGGAAUGACAGCGCAUGCGGCUUCGGAGUGGGUAUCGGAAUUUUGGCCUUUCUCGCCUGCGUCGUCUUCAUCAUACUGGACGCGUACUUCCCUCAGAUCAGCAACGCCAAAGAGAGGAAGAACAUUGUCACUGUUGACUUGGUCUUCUCUGGAGUGUGGACGUUGUUCUGGUUCAUCUGCUUCUGUGUCCUGGCCAAUCAGUGGUCUCACACCACCGAAGUAGCAGGCAUCCCUGUCGACGCCGCCCGAGCCGUAGUGGCCUUCUCCUUCUUCUCCAUUGUCACUUGGGCUCUAUUGACUACAUUUGCUUAUACAAGAUAUCGCCGAGGAGUGAGUGAUCUUGACCAGGGCUACACAGACCCAGCCAAAGACUACAGCACUCCUUACCCAUCCACCUCCGCCUAUCCCCCGUACCCCACCAGUGGGCCAGAGGGCUACCAGCAGUCCCCUUUCACCCCACAAAACCAAGAGCAUCCAGCACCAUACCAGCCCCCGUCUUACUGAGGGACUGGACCAUUGACCAGAUUUGGGGGGGAGUUUGAGUUUUUAAGUUGCCAUUGGUGCCUGUAGCCUGGUCCCAGAUCUGUUUGUGCUGUCUUGCCAACUCCUACGGUCAUGCCAAACACAAAAAGAUCUGGGACCAGGCUAUGUUGCCUCAGCUAUGUGGACUGAUCUCAGCACUCCACUGGUCCUCUCCUUUCACCUAAGUCCCUAAGUCUUAGCUGGUGUUGCGCUUACAUAAUGAAGGGUGUGUUGACAUGAUUUCAGUUGGUAUUCAUAUUGUAGUUUAGGUUGUGAAUGGAUAUUUUGCUGCAUUUUUAUACAUACAACUAGAGUGCCUGAGCUGAGCUUCAGGUAGAAUCUAAGGAAAACUGUUACUAGGGUAAAACCUAGAAUGCCAUGGAAAAAUAUGAGAUUGAGUGCCAUCACCACUUGAGGUAACUGCCAUAUGUUCUUUCUGUUGUUCUCUGCACUGUUUGUCUUGUAACAUAUGUAAUGCAGUCAUGUGGACACUGAAGUUCAGAUCAAACCACUAAAACAUAUGUCGCUGUCGCUGGGAACAUUGCUUUGUAUUGCAAUUAAUGAGGCCAUGCUAUGCUAUGCUAUGCUAUACUAUGCUAUACUAUGCUAUGCUAUGCUAUGCUAUGCUAUGGACACACUGUAUUUUUCUAUGCUGCCUAAAUCCAGUUAUAUGGUAUAGUGCAUAUACAAAUACCUUCUGAUCAUUUCAAUGUAUUUCAACGUUCUAGCCAGCCCAGGAUAUCAAAACUUAUUGCCAUAUAUCUAGAAAUCAAAUGUAUUGCUAAAUUAUUGACAAACAUUUUUGUUUUUCUCUGCAAACCCAUACUUUUAUUUGUCCCAAUAAUGGGUGCACUGUCUGAAAAAUGCUACCUUUAACGACUACUGUAUAUCAACGACUACUGUAGUGCUUUUAAAAACCACCACUGAACUCACUCAGAGCCUAUUUCCUGUACCCAGUUUAAACCUACUUCUGGACUGAAACUCACGCUUAAUGGAAAAGCUCCAUUGCAAGUAGAUUUUCAUCCAGGAAUAGGUUUAUUAAUCUUGGUCUGGGAAACCAGACGUACAUUUUUUUGGGGGGGUAAAUUGGAUAACGCGUUAUCUUUCUGUCAUUUGUAGAACAUGCUCCCAAGUCAUGUUAACCCUUUCAUUUGAUCUUUAUUGUAGUUUCAAACGAGUCUGUAAUAUAUUUGGUAAACGAGGGUGUGUGUUUAGUAUCAGGAACGCCCUCUCCUCAACUUGUUUGUCUCCUACCUUCAUCUAUUCCGAACCUGCCUGGGAACGGUUUUAUUCAGUUCUGGUGUGUUCUUGUCCACGACACACCCCUUUUCAGACAAACUCAUAUCAGAAUUCUCAUAGAUGAGUUUAACAAAAUACCAUCUAGUAGGUAAUAUAUACAGUAUAUUGAAUUGUAAUGGUAUUGAAAGAAAUUGAGUAGGCUGCCAGUACGUUGCAAUAAACUCUAGUGAACUAUUAACAUAAUAUAUUUAUAAAAUAAUACUUAUGGGAGCAGUCAGCAUACUACAUUAGGACACACAACUGCAAUGUGUUUUGACUACUAGUCUUCCUCAGGCAGUAUUGUGAUAUUAGAUUGAAAAUUGUUAUGUAAAUGACCUAUGCCCUUUAAUCCUCCUGGGCAUGACAAUGACUUCCAUACAGUACCAGAGUAAGAACCUUCAUCAAAAACGACAUAUGGUCCUGCCUUUGUUCUUGGUAUAUCUACGGUACAAGCUCAUUUAUUUACAUUCUCUCUGAUGAUGUGAUCUCACCAAUUAUUAUGCCCUCUGUCUUGGGUUUCAAGAUAGCACUGAGCUUUGCAGUCUGUUGCACAAAGUGCCUUAUAAAAGCCUACUACACCACCAACCGAACCUUUGCCAAAUAAAGGCUUUUCCUGUUUG